AUGGCCCCUUCUCUAGUAAUAACCAUUUUCUCUUUUCUUGUCCUUCUUUCUCUAUCAAAUGCAGCAACGAAGCCUAGAGCCUUUAUUUUUCCCAUCAAGAAAGAUAGCACAUCACUUCAGUACUACACUACAAUUCAGAUAGGUGCAAAUAGUACCUCACUGGAUGUAGUCAUUGAUCUUGGAGGCAAAUUCCUCUGGUUCAAUUCCGCCGAAUACUUUGCAGCAGCAUCCACAUAUCGCCCCAUUCGUUGUGGCACUAAACUAUGUAGAAUCGCGAAUGGUGUUGGAUGUGUUUUCUGCUUCUUAUCGCCUCCCGUGCCUGGAUGCACCAACAAUACGUGUUCCGAUUACGCUCACAAUCCCUUCACGGGCACGCUAGGAUACAGCGGCUUGGGAGAGGAUACAUUGCAUGUUUAUGCGACGAAUGGUGCUAAAUAUGUUUCACCACAUUUCCCUUUCCAAUUUUCUGAUCCAGUUCUCAGGGAAGGCCUCGCUACAGGUACUCAAGGACUGAUAGGCCUAGGAAGGACUAACAUUGCAUUGCAAGCACAACUUGCAUCGAGUUUCAAGUUAAGCCAGAAAUUCACGCUUUGUGUUCCAUCUUCCGGAGAUGGAAACAUAAUCAUUGGUGGGGGAUCAUACAAUGCACCAUUUCAGAAAAUUUCAGAGUCUCUUAUCAGCACUUCACUGAUCAGAAAUCCUGUAGCCACCUGGCCUAAUGAGAAGAUAGGAAAUUUAACCGUCGAGUAUUUCAUCAAUGUCAAAUCUAUUAGAGUUAGGAAUAAGACUCUUUCACUGAAUACUACGUUGCUUUCCAUUGACAAAAAUGGAAAUGGAGGUACAAAUCUCCGCACCGUGAGGCCUUAUACUAUAUUGCAUACAUCCAUAUUCAGGCCUCUAGUCAAUGAGUUUGUAAAGGAAGCUACAGUCAUGAACAUCAAAAGAGUAGCAUCAGUGGCUCCAUUCGGGGCGUGUUUCGACUCAAAAACCAUUUCCAAUAGCAAGACAGGGCCUGUAGUGCCAACUAUUGAUCUAGUUCUCCAAAGCAAGAGUGUAUACUGGAGGUUCUAUGGUUCAAACUCAAUGGUUAAGGUUAACAAUGAUGUGCUGUGCCUUGGAUUUGUAGAUGGUGGACUUGAUUCGAUAACAUCAAUCUCUGUAGGUGGUCAUCAACUUGAGAAUUAUCUUCUUGAAUUCGAUGUCACUUCGUCGAAGCUCGGAUUCAGCCCUUCACUCCAGUUGUCUGAUACAAGCUGUUCUCAAUUUAAAGCUUCUUAG